GCUCUUGGCGCCACAUAUGUCUUUUUUCUUGCCCUUCUUCAUUUCACACAAGCCUCGAAGGAGCCGCCUGCGAUCGAAACCACGAUACCCUUUAUAACUCCACUGCUUGGUUCAAUAUCGGGCAUGCAAAAGUAUGCAGUGAAACCAAGGUCAGUCACUCAAAAAACAGAAGCUCAGCGAAGGCAGAAAACCAGCAGUAAUCUACUUUCUAUCAUGCUAUGAUGAGUCUGACAUUUAAUUUCUGGUUUUCAGAGGCAAAUAUUGGCCUCCCAAUCUACACGUUGCGCAUGCUAGGCUAGCGCAUCUACGUCAUCAACUCCCUAUCACUCAUCCCACCACUACAACGCGAGCUAAAGACUAUUGCUUUUGCUCCUAUCGAAGCUCGGGCGGCAGCCACGGUUAUGGGCGUUGGCCCUGCUGGUAAUUCCAUUAUCGGCUCAGACAAGAUGUUUGAGCACGAUUCUUAACUGUCUACAUAUGUACCGUCUACUUUACCAGCUUUAUCACCUGGCCCAGGACUUGACGCUAUCAAUGGUGUAGCGAUCCAAUAAAUGUCGCAUUCUUUGGAGAAACUCGGCAAAAAUGGCUCCACUGUAGUUGAGCUGUUUUCUUGGGUUCGUCGACAAUUAUUCAUGGCCACAACAGAGUCUAUAUUUGGACCCAAAAAUCCUUUUCGUGAUUCUACACUCGAACAAGCAUGGUAGUAAGUCCGUACUCGUUCCCAAGUUCCCACAUGUACUACUUAGUUUGAUGGUCUACUAAUUUGUCCUCAAAAGUAAUUUGAGCCAACAAUCCAGAUCCACAUGCUCAAAGUAUUGCAAAGCGUAUUGGCACCCAAGGCUCUGCAUGCACGAGAAAAACUCCUCAUUCCCGCCUUCGAAAAAUAAUUUGCGGAAAACGGCCAUCAUCAAGGCUCUUUCCUUGCUCAGUGUCGCCAUAAGCAUAACACAGAUCAUGGUUUGCGAGGCAGAGAUGUAGCAGCUACAGAAAUAGGCCAGAUGGUAGCAUCCUUGACAAACAGCGUACCAGCUGCAUUUUGGGUGAUCUAUCAUGUAUUUUCAGAUCCCGUUGUUCUUGGAGAUUAUCGGAAAGAAGUAGAACAACUCAUACAUACUGAUGAUAGUGGACUCUGUACCGUCAAUCUAGCAAACAUCAAAUCCGCAUGUCCCAUCCUCCUCUCUACAUGGCAGGAGACUCUGCGCUACGGGCACAUCGGCAUAUCUGCUCGGGUAGUAAUGAAAGAUAUCAUGUCCGACAACAAAUAUCUCCUCAAGAAGGGAGCCACCAUUAUGACUAUCGCUUCAGUUCCACAUACAGAAGUGUCAGUGUGGGGACCAACUGUGGAUAUAUUUGAUCACCGACGAUUUCUACGGAAGCAUGGCGAGAAGAGUGCAAACCCUGUUGCGGUUCGCUCUUUCGGUGGUGGCGCAGCACUCUGUCCUGGCCGUCAUUUUGUCAGCACUGAGGUGAUGGCAUUUACGGCUUUGCUGUUGCUUCAAUUUGAUCUGAAGCCUGUAGCCACGGGUGGCAAGUGGAUGGAGCCUCGGAAAUUCGUCCCCGUGACAUCAGCUAUGCCGGCAACUAAGGAUACAUUGGAGGUGAAAAAUGUUUCUAGAGACAACCGAAAUUGGCAGGUAAACUACUCGGCACCUGCAAAAGGUGUGGAUAUGGUCGCAGAGGAGUUUGCUCAAGGUCAAUAA